AUGGGAGGUGGAAAGGAUAAACAUGCACAAUAUCCUCCUGGAGGACAAUAUCCUCCCGGAGCACAGUAUCCUCCCGGAGGGCAGUUUCCUCCUGGAGGUUAUCCUCCAACACAGGGAUAUCCUCCACAAGGGUAUCCACAGACGGGUUAUCCUGGUCAACCCGCUCCACACCAUGCAGCACAUGGAAUGAUGGCGGGAGUAGCAGCGGCUGGAGCAGCCGCGUAUGGUGCUCAUCAUAUGGGACACGGCGGAGGUCAUUACCCUGCACCAGGUACCGCUCAUUAUGGACAUUAUGAUCAUGGAAAGCAUGGCAACGGGCAUGGCAAGUUUAAGCAAGGAAAGGGGAAAGGCAAAUACAAACAAGGCAAAUUCAAGAAGUAA